AUGGAAGAUGUGAUAGUGGAAGCCCUUCUAUCUAAUGAGCGGGAAGCUCAUAUUUUAGCUGCCAGAGAACUUGGUAAACUUGCAACUAAACUAAGACAGAAGUUAGCAGAAAGAGGGAUCAUUUCUCGGCUCGUUACGAUGCUUUGUAAGCAAGUAUAUGAAGCCACUGAAGCGGCACUCUGCUCUGCUUUAAACAAGAUCCGAAUUGCAAAUUCUAGUGCCAUACCAGUAUUGCUGGAGAUCAUUCAAUGCCAAAAAGAGUCAUUGAUUGACCUUGCAGCAGCAGCCCUCUUGGUUCUUUCUUCUUGCUCCGCUAACAAGUUAGCAAUCGCAGCAUCUGGGGCUGUCCAAAUCCUGGUUGGAUCUCUGAAUUCCCAAUUGGCAGAAGAACACGGUUUCCAGAAUCUAAGUGUGCAGGCUAAGCUCGAUAUCAUAUCCAUAUUUCACAAUCUCUCCACCCAUCCUCAGAUAAUCCCAUCUAUUGUUUUGGGGUGGGGGAGGAGGCGGUGGUGGAAAUGGAGGAGCGGUGGUUGGGGAAGUGAGAGUGGAAAUGGUCAACAUGCAAAGGAUGGGAAUGUUGCGUACUAUGGAGGUAGUGGAGGAGAAGGAGGGGGUGGCGGCGGUGGCGGUGGCAGUAGAGGUGGAGGUGGAGGCGGUGGAAGUGGUAGUGGUGGAGGGAGAGGUGGUGGAAGGAGGAAAAGGAGAGGAAAACAUACAUGCGGUAGAAGAAGAGGUAGUGGUGGCGGAGGUGCUGGCAGUGGUGGCGGUGGAGAUGGACGUGGAGGUGCGGGUAGGGGUGGAAAAGGAGGCGGUGGUGGUGGAAAUAGUGGAGGCCAUGGUUGGGGAAGUGGGAGUGGUGGUGGUGGCGGCGGCAGUAGUGGAGGAGGAGGAGGAGGUGGUGGUGGUGGUGGUGGUGGAGGGGGUGAAGGAGGCGGUUGGGGAUAG